AUGAAUUUUAAAGAGGACCUUGUGGAUAUUUUUGAAUGGGUGGAAAAACAACCAGAGGUUGCUAAGAUUGGAAACGAGUUGAAGAAAAUUGCUGCACAGGAUAACUUACUCAACAAAAUCCAGAAACUAAAGAAGCCUUAUACUCCACGAGAAUUUAUUUUAUAUGUCCACGUUAAAGUCGCAGGACCUAAUCCAAAGUUUAUUUUGUGGCUUCGAUACUUCCAAUCUUACCCUUCCGUGGCAAAAGAUAAUAAUGGAAAAUCCAUUAUAAUUCUUGAUGAGUCACUUUGGCAGAUGGUCAUUGACAUUUUAAAACCGACGGUUCCGGACGACCAAAUGGCAUCGUUGUUUGAAUUAUUUCGAGAAGUUCCGGGUCUAGAGAAAUUUGCUGACAAAAUGGUGGGUGCAGCCACGCGGGCACACUCGAACCAGAAGUGGUUAGCGAAAGAUUUGUCAGCAGGUGAUGUUUUUAUGAUGAUAGAUGACGAGAAAGCAAGCACCGGAAUCUCUCCAAUGACACAAUGGCUUCGAUACAUUAAUUUGCUCGAGGCGAAAAAGAAUUGUGUUAUUAAAUUGGAAGAUAUCACAAACGAAGAUGCGGAGCAUAUCUUUGAUGUAGAGGUAAAAGAUAGUUCACGUUUGAAUUUAUAUCACGGCGCAAGCUUUGAACCAGUCAAAGACGUUUAUGAUGUCAAGUCGAUUGCUGAAAGACUUCAGUCAGAACUUUUUGACGUUUGGAUUAAGCUCAACAAGACACCGAAGAAUCUUUUUGAUGCAGACCAUUCUGUGCAUAUGAAUGACUUCAACACUGUCGACUUUCGACGCUUAAGAGAGAGUUUCGCGGCUUAUUAUGCUAAAUGGCUUAUGCGUGGCAAAAAAGAGUAA